GAGCAGGUCGGCCUACAGAGUGAAGUCUCCUGUUUGGGGCCCCAGGCCCUUAGCACCCUCAGUGGAGGACACUCGCCCCCCCCCAACGUCGCAGGGACUCGGAGACCCCCAGCCACAGCCAGCCCCAUGGAAGCCGCUACCAAAGUGGUCAAUGGGGCUGUCUAUGAAUUGCCCAAGCUGGAACUGCAGGGGCAGUGAGCCAGGCUGCACCAGCCUCUGCCCCACUCUGCACCCCCGGACCAAGGGGGAGGCUUCUCCGCCCCACGGCAUGGCAGCUGGUACCAUGGGCAGCCUCCACGGAGAAGCCACGGACUGCACAGGCCACUGAGGCCAGCUCCCCGCUGGCCCCAGAGGUCCCAGCCCCACUGCACUGAUGGGGCAGUGUGUGGGGAGCUGGCAGCCAGGGCAGAGAGCAGAGGGAAGGGCCCCUGAGCCCUCUGGAGUGGGGUGGGGUGAUCCCCGCCUGGGGAGCUGGGCUAACCCAGGUGCAAAGAGAAGAGGCACUGGUGGGAGGCGCCGUGUGGGGCUGGAGCUUCUCCGCCCUGCCAGUGGCUCUAGCCCGCACCCCCUUCGCUUCCCCUUUCUGCUCCCACACCCACCUCUGCUGCGGCUGCCUGGCUGGGCUGUGGGCGUGUGGCGUGUGCUCAGGCCAGCGCCCUGACAGGGCCUGGGGAGAGCUCACGCUGUUCCUUCUACCCCGGUGGCCUUGCCGCCCUGACUGGCUACUGUGAGACACGCCGAGCCAGGAACCCUGACAGGCCCCGGGGAGCGAUGGAGCCGCCAGGGGUGGGAAGGGCUGGAGCCGGGGUGUGUCGGGCUCAGGCCAGCUUCCAGCCCACACAGACCACACCCGCGCUGCCCCUUCUCUGGUGUCUCCUCUAGAAUCGAACCUCCCCCCUUGUGCCCCGUCCUGAUUCCUGGUUAAAGGGACCCAGGGAAUGGCCCAGGGAUGUUGCUGCCCCCCGCGAGCCCCCCGUUUGGGGCAGGACACCUGGCCGGGCAGCAGCAGACCCGUGGGUUUUGUCUCACUGAGGUUCCCCCUCCUCCAGCAGCUCUCGGGAGCGAGCUCCGUCCCGCAGGCACCGCCACCCCCCCAGGAGCCAACGAGUCUCUGGCUGAGCUCCAGAACCAGAUGGAGGUUGAGAACCUGCUCCUCAACCUGACUGCGGAUGAAAAGUACAAUCUGAGAGCCUUCCUGUGCUGGGCCAAUUUCAGCUACUGGAUGAUGAACGUGACCAGGGUGCAGCUGUGUGAAUGGAGAGUCAUCAGCAGGCCAUACAGCAACCUCCGCCACUGCCUGGAGACCUUUGCAGAAGAACAGAAUUACAGCUACCCCAACAGCAUCGCCGAGGAGUGCAUCGUCCACAGCCACCGCACCUACUUCCUGAACUGCACCCAGGAGCACCCCACGUUCCUCGACCCACCGGAGGACGUGCUGCUGGCCCUCAUCUUCGCCCCCAUCUGCCUCAUCCCUUUCCUGGUCACCCUGGUGGUGUGGAGGAGCAAGGACGGCAAGAUGCAGUCCUGAGUGCCGCAGGGCUCCAGGGUGCCAGAGGCAUCGCCAAUGUGUUAGAGAACCAGACCUGGCUUGAACCUCUGACCCAACCUGACCUUGCCCCAUGGGAGCCAGCCCCAGGCCUUCGCCUGCUGGCUGAGCUCCAGCGCUGGAGAGGCUGGAAGGCCCGGGUGCUCCACCCCUACCUCUGCAGCACUCGCUUCCGGCUGGGACUGGAACCACUGCUCUGCUCCCACCACUUCCAAGAGCCGGCAGGGGCUCCAUCUCGCAGGCCUGACUGCCAGGCCCAACACUUUGGAGACACUUGGAGAACCAGCCCAGAGCGGCCCCCUCUGAGCCCCUGGAGCAUCCUCCAUCUCUGGCUGAACGCCCAGGGUUUGUACCCGCUCAAAUGAGGUUACAGCGCUGGGCUUCCAAUCCCAGGCCUCUGACACGGGCAGGAGGAGAGAGCCCCGUGGGCGACUCUGCUCUGGGUCUCACGCCGACGUAAGCCCCUGCUGGGGUCCCACUCGCAGCUCACCACAGCUUAACAGGUGCAACCCCCUCCAGGAAAAGGGCUCUGCUGAGUCCUAGCAGCCCCAGCGCUCCUGUGUCGGUCCCUGAGCUGCACUGAGCAGCUGGCGGGGGAAGCCCGGGUGGACUGACUUACAGAGCGGCUCUAGUUCCAUGUGAAGAGGGGUCUCGUCCUCCAGAGAACCCCCUCCCCUCACACAGCUGCUUUGCCUUCUAGGCCUCACCAGCAAGCAGAGCUUGCUGUGCCAGGGCUGGCGUCAUGGCUGCAUGAAGGGGGCCCCUCGCCGAGAAAGCCUUGUUUCAGGACAGGACGUCGUGCCAGGGCAGUGGGUUUCCCCUGCCCUGUUUAUGGGGCUCUGACGCCUGGGGCAGGCUCCCUCGCCAUGUGACACCAGAGGCUGCGUGCCUCUUUUACUGGCUUUUUCUGAUCCCCUUUGAAAACAGGCUUCCUGGUUAACCAGCUGGAGAUUAAAGACCUUUCCU